AUGUAUAUUGAUCGCUAUACCCCUGUUAGAGGAGGGCGAUGGUCGGAUCGUUUACGUCAAUUAUCUAUUUGGUCAAUAGUUUCUAAUUAUUUUCCAAUAAAAUUAAUCAAAACUGAAGAUCUUGAUCCAAAUCGAAAUUAUAUCUUUGGUUAUCAUCCACAUGGUGCAGCAACUGUCGGUGCCGGGAUCAAUUUCCUAACAGAAGCAACACAUUUUUCAACUCUGUUUCCUGGUAUUCGUCCUCAUUUGAUGGGUCUUCAUUUCAAUUUUUUCUGUCCAUUUUUACGUGAAUUAUUUCUUUGCUUGGGUGAAUGUUCUGUCUCACGAGAGAGUUGCCAGUAUUUCUUAAAUGGUUCAUCUGGUCAUGGUAAUGCUGUUAGGAAAGGUUUUAUACGAUUAGCAUUAGAAAAUGGUGCAUCAUUAGUGCCGGUUAUAACAUUUGGAGAAAAUGAACAUUACCGACAAUAUAAGAAUUGGAUUUCAAAUCGAUGGAUUUGGGGACGAUCAAUCGUUGGUUAUUUACCUCUUCGUCAUCUUGUAACGACCGUUGUUGGUAAACCGAUUCAGGUCAAUCAAAUCGUUGAUCCAUCUCAAACAGAUAUCGAUCAACUUCAUGAUCAAUAUCUUCAAGCAAUUGAACAGCUGUAUAAUACAAACAAAGCAAACUAUGGUUUUGAAAAUGUGAAAUUAGAGAUCAUUUAG